CGUGUGAAGAUGUGCAAUAUGAUCGCUCAGCGAGUCCGAGUAUUUCAAGUGAAAACUCAGAUAAAAUUUGCAGUUAUUGCAAUCGGAAAGUGGGAGAAUUUCUUAAAUGCAUCAAGUGUGACGAUAUUUUUCACCCCUCUUGCCUAGUUAAAGCAGCCAAUAGAAAAAACACCACCUGUCAUCAUGCUUCAGCAGAGGAAAUUUCAGCCAAGUCCGAAAAUAAGUCACUUCGUACGGAAGUUGAAUAUUUGAAGCUCUUAUUGGAGGAAACAAAGAGUAAGAAUUCAAUUUUAAUUGAAAACAACAAUCUUUUGAAAGAAAAGAUCACCAUCCUCGAAAACCAAAUAAAAUCAGGUAAAAACACAACAAAAAAAUUUGUCAACACGCUUCAAGAUAAGGUACCUGCAGUUGUCACUGAUACCGUAGCCUCAGCCACAACUUUCAAGAAUACAUAUAGUUCUGUGGUGCAUGAAAACAGAAGUAAUGCGCAUGAGCACCGUCCGCAGGCGCAAAUGUCAUUUGUAGAGCCGAAAAGAAUUGUAAACAACGUAAACAACUCUGUUCCGGCUAUUCCUGAAAUAAAUAUCAACGAUUCAAAUAAAAAUAUUUCUACCUCCUUACAUAAGAUUAAGGACACUGAUAGAAUGGAAGAUUGGAUCACGGUUCGAAAUAAAAAACGUCAGUCAAGAAACACUAAGGUUUGUUUUGGAACGAAAGAAAAUAGUGCGGAUAACUCAACAAUUAAAGGUGCAAUACGAAGACGUUGGAUGUACGUAGGUAAAAUUGCUGGUAAAGAGAUUUCAGAAAAGGAUAUACUAACUUUCUUGAAAGAUAUCGAAGGUAAGGAGAAUAUCAUUAUAAAGAAACUUAACACUCUUGGACAAAAUUCAUCUUUUAGUAUUGGCUUACCGAAUGAAAAUGCUUACAAGAGUGUGUUUUGUGAAUCCUUCUGGCCUCAGGGGGUUGUUUUGAGAGAUUUUUCUUUUGACAGAAAUUUUUUUCGGAAGAACAGACAAAACGAGAAAACGUAAUUUCCUCCAGUGCAGUUGGAAAAUCAAAGCCUUCUAAAAGCUUCAGUCUCAUCCUCCAAAAUGUUAGGUCCUUGGGCACAGCAUUGAACGGGCUGCAGUUGAUGGCACAGGAAGAAAAAGCUGAUAUACUAGCAAUCACGGAACAUUGGAAGUGUGAGGAGGAACUUCAGAUAUACAAACUUGUUGAUUAUAACCUAGUGUCGAGCUUUUGCCGUUUGAGAGGAAGCCAUGGUGGAACUGCAAUAUACAGUAGGAAAGAACUCAACUGUACUAAAAGGUCAGAUUACAAUUUACUUUCAAUUCCAAAUGUUAUCGAGUGUUCUGCUGCCCAAGUUUUUCUAGACAAUCGAAAAAUUCUGAUCAUAUGUAUUUAUAGACCUAAUACCCAGCCCUUAGCUGAUGUAGAUCUGUUUCUAGAGAAACUUAGAACAAUUCUGGAACGGUGUACACUGGAAAGAGCAGAUUUCAUUUUGGUGGGUGAUUUUAAUCUAGAUAUUCUGUCUUGCUCCACGGAUGUCAGUGAGUUUGUAUCACUUUUGGAAUGUUUCAACCUGAAAGUCACCAAUCUUCAGCCAACACGCCCCUCUUCUGGUAGUUGUUUAGACAAUGUGGUAACAUCUCUUGUGGGCCAAACUCAGGUGAUCGAGUGCCAUAUUUCAGACCACUCAGCUCUGAAGUUCACCACAACUUUUUGUUCAGUUUAUGAUCAUAAAGAAAAAACCCUUAAAAGAAGAAUAAUAAAUGACGAUUCCAUCAAAGUUUUCCUGCAAGAGCUAUCUAGAUUAAAUUGGGAUGAUAUUUUUACUCAUCCAGGCGAUCCAAAUCAACUUUGGUAUGUAUUCCAUACACGAUUUUCUGAAACUUUUGAACUCUGUUUUCCUAAAGUAAAGAUCAAUGCCUCAUCGUCAAAUAGAAAGUUUAAACUAACACCUGAAUUGGUUGAUAUUAAGAAGCAACUUGACAUACUCCAUAUUAUUUCUUUUUCAAGACCUGAAUUAAAAGCCACUUAUAACUCGACUAAAAAACAAUAUGAUCUUCUUCUGUCCAAAGCAAAGAAAGAGCACUUCAGUAACAUCAUUAGGAACUCCGAUAAUAGAUCAAAAGCCUCCUGGAAGGUCAUAAAUUCCCUCACGAAGAGCAAGAUUUCAUCAUCUGUUUCCAGCAAUCAAGAUUCUCCUUUGCCAGAUGAAUUAAAUGACUUUUUCAUUGAUUUUCCCUCUACACUGACAGAUGGCCUGAAUAAAACGGCUACAACGAGUGGAGAAAGACUUGAAAACUCUUUCUUCAUGUUUGAAGUUUCUCACGAGGAGGUUCUGAAAACGUGCAUCAACAUGGCUUUGUGAAAAACAGAAAUAUAGAAACUGCGGUCUAUGAGCUGAUUAAGGAAGUUCUCGUGACCAUUGAACAAGAUGAGGUUCCCAUGGGCUUAUUCUUGGACCUGUCGAAGGCCUUUGAUUGUGUGGAGCAUAAAAGACUGUUGGAAAUUUUAGAUGACUGUGGAGUAAGAGACAAUCAGUUGAGACUCAUUGAGAGUUAUUUGUCAUCCAGAAAACAAAUGGUUGUCAUGGAGGUGGAUGGUGAGCUUCUUAUAUCGGAUGAAAGAGAGAUAUCUAUGGGCGUGCCACAGGGUAGCAUUCCAGGACCUGCACUUUUUAUUGUGUACAUAAACCGGUUACCAAAGGCUAGAGUUGCAGUGAGACAUUCAAUGGGUAUGUUCGCAGACGACACCAAUUAUCUACUUAAACUCCGCAAUGUUUCCACCGCCACCGAGGAAUCUAGAGGAUUGCUGACGUCUGUAGGAGAAUGGUUUUGUAACCACAAUCUUCUUUUGAACAUUGACAAGUCCCAGUGUAUGUUUUUUUAUACUGAAAGAUCCAAGCUACAAUAUCCUUUGUCAAUUAACAUCUCAGGCAAAGAUGUCAUGGUUGAAGAUAGUGUUGUUUUUCUGGGGGUUGUAGUUGAUAAACAUCUGAAGUGGGGACCUCAUACAGAACAACUUAGAGGGAGACUGAAUUCUGUUUGUUACCUGCUUUUCAUGUUACGGAAUCAGAUUGACCUUGAGCUUCUAAAACUGGUGUAUUAUUCUAAUUUUCAGUCCAUUUUGUCAUACGGUAUAAUAUUCUGGGGUAACUCCUCAUAUGUGAGUGGUCUUUUUGUUGUGCAAAAGCGAGCUUUGAGAACUGUGUUACAUCUUGGAUAUAGGGAAUCAUGCAGGGGUUUCUUCAAAAGUAACAAUAUACUUACAGUUUAUGCACUGUACAUUUAUAGACUUUUAAUUUUUGUCAGUAAACAUAGCCAGUAUUUUGAGCCAUAUAAAAACUUGAAUAAUACAAGAAGAAUGUGUCCUCUUAUUGUACCAACACAUAAAACUACGUUGAGAGAAAAAAAUGUUGAAUUUAUGGCAAUCAGUCUAUUUAAUGUGUUGCCCUUAAAUAUCAGAAAUCUAUCGAGUCAUAUUAAAUUUAAGAAGGCCCUAUAUGUUUUACUUCUGAAUUGUGAGCCAUAUAGCAUUUGUGAAUUUAAAGAGAAAUGUACUGGAAGUUAAUUAUGUUUGUGUCUGACCUGUUCCAUUUUUACUUUGUGUAAUUUUAUGGAAUUAAUAAAUA